AUGACCCUUGGUCACCCUUUGGAUCUGGAGCUGAACUACCCCAAUGGCACAAUUUCCAACAGCACUGGUGUAGCAAGUCUGCCUUCGGUUCUACGCCCAGAUCUGUCGCAUCGUGAUAUAAAACCAAUGGCUGGCUACCAUCCUCCGGGGAAGGCGCCCGGGACAGCGCGGGGAGAAGCCGCAGAUCCCAGCCCCACCCGCCCGCCUCAGUGCCCGUCAUUCAUUAACGCAGCCCGUGCCCCGCCGGUCGCCGACCCUGCGAGAGUCCCCAGCGCCCGACGGCUCCAGACACGCCCAGCACCGGCUCAGCCCUGGCUUCCCGCCGCCGCCGCCAGGAGGCUCCGCGCGCCUUCCCGCCUUUCCCCGCGCGGCGGCCAGGCUGGGCGGCGAGGCGGGCGUUGCGCUCAGCAGAGGCGGCCGGGCGCGGACGGCGACGGCGCGGCCAUUGUCCCGCAGCCCCUCCCGGGCGCGCUGGAGGAGCCGGCCCGGCGGGCGGGAAGGCGCGACUCAGGGGGAUACCUGAAUCCCCCGGCGCCGGCCGCCACCCCGAGGCCAUGCCCGCCGCCCCAGUUCUCCGCGCCUCCUUUGUGGCCACCUCCAGCCCUUCGGAGCCGGCACGCCGCCGCCGCUGUGCCCGGGGCUGCAAAUGGCGCCCGCUCGCCUCUGCACCGCCCGCCGCUCUCCCGGGCCCGGGAACGUCUCGGGGCAGCGCGCCCAGGUCCCGCAUCCCGCCGCCUUUGCCUCUGCCGCCCCGGCAGUUGGAGCCCGCGGAGCCGGCGGCGCGUCCGCCCGCAAAGCGGCUCUCGGGUCGGUCCCCGGCAGCCCCGACGCCCCGCCUGCCCUCAGUCCGCCCCUCGCGCUGCCACUUACCGCGGGGCUGCGGCGCACCGGCGGGUCGUACGCGCGGGGUAG